UUAUACCCUCGAUAAGUAAAUACACAGGUGUAUGUUGGUGAAUUUUGUUUGUGCCGUACACAUACUCCCAGCAAUCCGUGAAUUUCGUCUGGUUUAUAUCCCCCUUAUCGUAUAAUUCAAGCCAAAUCGGAAAAGUUAGCGACCGAUUUUGUGGACACAACGACCGGAAAGACCUGUAAUAAUGUCGACGAACCCAAGACCCCAACACCAGCGACAACAGUCAGAGGACGUACAGAUCUCGAUGGGUGGAUCAGGUGGAGGUUCUGGCGAUGGCGUCCCUGAAAGAUUACCGCCGAUUAGCGAAAAGGAUCAGCGAUUUCCCUACUGCAUCGUCUGGACCCCCAUUCCUGUGCUUACUUGGCUGCUGCCCAUGAUUGGCCAUAUGGGCAUUUGCACCUCGGCCGGAGUGAUCCGUGACUUUGCCGGCGCCUACUUUGUGUCGGAGGACAACAUGGCAUUCGGGCGACCGACUCGGUACUUACGAUUGCACCCCAAGUACGUAGAAGGCGGUAGCUACGCGUGGGAUGAGGCUGUGUCCAAGGCGUCAGUGCUGUAUGGAACCCGUAUUCACAACAUCUUAUGCGACAACUGUCACUCGCAUGUGGCCACGGCUCUGAUAAACAUGCGCUACAACAACAGCACAGGAUGGAACAUGAUCAUCCUCAGCAUGUGGCUCUUUGUCUGCGGGCGCUACGUCGGGAUCGGAGGCUUCAUUAAGACCUGGCUACCGUUUGCGAUACUCCUGACCGCCUGCAUCCUGCUGGGUGUCUACUUUUAGUGACUAAGAAUACGUUAACUUUACUUUUAAAUAAAUGUUAAUAUGGUGUAGUUUAAUAAAUAAAUAAAUAUAUGGCGUAGUACUGUUCGGAAAAAUGGUCUUAAAUGAGUGUAGCUGAGUCCAUUAAGAUAAUUCGGCUUUAACUCUUUAUCUUUGUGUUUUUGUAUAGUGCAAUCAAUAAACUGAUUAUUUAUUUAUA